GGUUCUUGAGCGCAAAAGGCCUAGCGAUGAAAAUCAUCGAGGCGCACACUGGAAUCCUCAGCAACCUCGAGGUGCUGGAUUUGCUGCGCAAGCGAGGAGCCGACCAGGGUUUUGCGGGAGCUGUGAGUACCGUAACGCAGUCCGAGCUCAAGGUGUACGACUAUCUCAUCCACACGCCCGCUGCCACACAGUCCCGAGAGAGCUUGGCGAAGCUAUCCAAAGAGCCCCUGGCAGCCCGGCUACUCAGGCCGGAACGCUUGCAAGUCGCGAACUUACGCCCAGCUUCCGCUGUGGAAGUUCAUCUGAUUGUCGAGGAUAUCCAAAACAGGUUCACCGACGAGGAAGUGGAGGAGCUCGUCAGCCGCGUGAACCAAGUACUGCCCGCGCCCGCUCCAUCUUCGGCUGCUCCUGAGGCACAAGGGGCAGCAGCAGCAGCGCUUGACAUCGAUCCGGAUGAUGACGACGCCCAAUUAAUGGACUGGACGACGCAGCCAACGCUAUAAACUCCGGAGAGCAAGGGAGGACUUCCGUCACAGAGAGAGAGAGAGAGAGAGAGAACUAUUCCUUGCUCUGAUUUUGAUAUAUAGAUUUGAUCCUGUCCUCCAUCUUUGUAGCUAAACUCCACUCCACUUGAGAGAGACACAGAGAGAGAGAGAGAGAGAGAGCUAUUCCUUGCUCCGAUUUUGAUAUAUAGAUUUGAUCCUGUCCUCCAUCUUUGUAGCUAAA